AUGAGCAAAAAGAAGUGUACAUACGUUUCGACGUUUCUUUCAACCCCAUUGUCUCUUGUACUUUGUCCAUCGCAUUUUGCUGCUGCGUACUCUGGUAGUAAUUCCAAAUUCCGCAAAUUCCCGUCUCAGAUUCUUAAGGAUAAAUAUCUGAAAACUGUAGAGGUUCUCGAACUAGAAUUGCGAACAAUUUCUUGGGAUUCGAGGACAAGGUUCACGAGGAGUAUACUAAGCAAUGACGAAGCAAUCAUCUUUAUAGGUGGUGUUCCUCGUUCUGGAACUACGCUUAUGAGAGCAGUGCUUGACUCCCAUCCGGACAUCAGAUGCGGUGAAGAAACGUCGAUUGUGCCAGCUAUUCUCGGAAUAAGAGAGCAAUGGACCACUAGAUUUAUGAGAAAAACUGCAAAUUUAAGUGGUAUCACCCAGCAGACACUCGAUGAUGCCACUUCAGCGUUUCUCCUUGAAUUGAUUGGGAAACAUGGACCGUUGGCGAAACGUCUCUGUAACAAGGACCCAUACACUGCUUAUUCGCUGUCGUCUCUCAUUAGGAUGUUCCCAAACUCUAAGCAUAUUCUGAUGAUUCGUGACGCCAGAGCGACAGUACAUUCAAUGAUUGAAAGGAAGGUUCCAGUGGCUGGAUUCAAUCGAUCCGAUAUCCCAGUGGUUCAGCUUUUCAGUAACAGGAGAAGGACAAAUAAAGCAUCACAGAUGUUCAAAUUGUGGAAUUUUCAACUCACAAAAAUGCUUAAUCUAUGCUCGAGUGCACGAGGUCUAUGUCUUAAGGUAUUUUAUGAACGUCUUGUACAACGUCCAGCAGAUGAAGCUCGACGAAUCCUUAAUUUCCUUGACGUUCCUUGGUCGGACGAUGUAUUGCGUCACCAAGAAAAGAUUGGCAGCGAAGUGAAACUGAACCCGAACGAAUUUUCAACUUCUCAAGUGAAGGAAAAAGUGAAUAAAAAGGCGUUGACGUCAUGGUAA